AUUCCUUGACCAGACGAAUUCGAAGAACAAAUGGUAUAGAAAUGGAAUGGAAAAAAUUUUCCGUAAUGAUCAAUCAUUAAAAGUUGGAAAAUAUUCCGUGCAACAAAAUUAUUUAGUUGAUAUUAUGAAACCAUUUUCAUGACGAAAAUUACUUGUUUUUUCUAGUACAAUGAAUGAAAAUGAAUCAAAUUGGUGAAAUGAAUUCUUCGAUAACAUCAACAAAUAUCAACGAAAUGAUACAGAAACAAAAACAGACAAUCAUCAAGAUUUAUACUGAUUGGGCUAAUCAUUAUCUUAAAAAACGUUACUAUGAAUUAGAUAAACAGCAAAGCCAAUUAUUAUCCAACGACCAAUCAUCAUCAAUAUCAUCGAAAAUUCCGGCAGCAUCAUCAUCGAAAUUGUGUAAUAAUCGAAAUAAUCGUCCAUUAAUCACGUCAUUAAUCAAUGAUUUACAUGAUGGUGUACUACUCAUACAUCUAGUCGAAUCAGUUAGUAAGUAG